AUGGAUUUCUCAUUCCCUUCACGUCAUUUCGACAGAGCGCAGAUUUCAGACCAAGAGGAUUCCAAGCCUGAUCCCCUGUCACAACCAGAAGCGCCAUCUCAGGGCACUGGUAAUUUCACGAUGAAUCAAUUCAGUGUACCUGACUGGGCAAGAUGGAGAUCUCAGCUAGCUCCCAUGCCUCACCAUUAUCAAAGUUUGAGCUUUCCUCAUGUUGCUGAUGGCGAGCCCUACGGCUUGGGUCCGUUGUCUCAGGAGCUCAUCGGGGAUUCAAACGGGUAUCUUGAUUCGUACCGCUCGCAUGUCACCCCCACCAUGGCUGGCACAUCCUUGGAUUUGUUAAACCCUCAGGCUGGAGAGAGCCACUCAGAUUGGCCACUUUUGCAACCUUCCCAUGUCUUCAAACCCCAGCCAUACAACUAUCCUCAGUUAGAACCUCUUCAGCCUCCUCCAGACUUCCCGCCGUCGCCACUUUCUGAAGUCUCCUCCUAUCACUCUCCGCAGUCACUCGCUGCUUCGAGUCCAGCAAUGACAGCUCAUACGGCAGACCGUCUAUCUCCACGUUCAAGCACUGGUGAUAAUAAAGAGGAGCGUCCCGGCCACCCUCCCUAUUCUGUUCUCAUCUACCAGGCCUUGAAGGAGGCCCCGGGAAACAAGCUUCAGCUCCAAAGCAUUUACUCUUGGUUCGAAGCGAAUACAGACAAGGGAGGGGACCCGAACGCGAAGGGGUGGCAGAACAGUAUUCGCCAUAAUCUCUCGAUGAACGCGGUAACUCUCACUUCUCAUAACUCAUUCUUUUGGUUCCUCGUUGGAUUCGAAGCAGUGAAGGAAGAAGUUGGACCAGGCAAAAGAGCAGUGAACUUCUGGAGGCUGACGCCGGAAGCCAUCCACAGCGGUGGCAUCCAAUCAACUACCCGCUACCGCAAGCUCCAACACCAAAAGAAAGGAAUGAACUCAGGCCAUCGUGGGGCCACACGUCAGCCGUCGGAGUCUAAGGGGGUCCACGCCACAAAAGUUGUCAAAUCACGCAGCACAAACAGUCCCCAGAGCGAGCGCGCCGAAGCAUAUCAUCCGCAGCAAAUAAUAAGCAUGAACCCUAGUCUGGGACAUGAAUACGGUCCCACGAGCCUUCCAGCGAUGCAAAGAUACAUGCAGCACCCCAUGGGACCUGUUGUCGGAUGCACCCCCAUGAUACCAGACAGCAAUACCCUCUUCAUUGACACCGCGGAACCAGGACCGGCAUUUGACGUGGGCCAUAACCAUGAUUGGUAUGCUCCCGAGUCGGGCUCCAAUAGGGUCCACGACCCACUCGAGGGUCCCGGUCGAUCAUUAGCAUGGGAUUUGAAAAAAGAAAUUUAA